AUGAGCAGCAGCGAAGUGGACGAGAGUUGUAAAGUUUUGCAAGGAAAUUGUGGCCCAAGCGGCAGAUGGACGAUUGCGUUGUUUCUAUCGUUAGUUGUGGGCAAUUUUGUGUUUAGCGGUUUUCUGUUGUGGAAGCUCAGUGUUCAGGAGAAAAGAUUUGAGAAAAGCGUAGAGAAGUUGCAGUUGGACUUGCAGGAACUUCAAGUAGAAAAAGAGGAAAUGAAGCAGGUUUAUGAGACGUUGUCUGAGUAUGGAGGAGAAAGAGGGAAGAGGUCGGAACAAUCUCCCAGUCAGUCGUCACAAGUUACAAUCAACAUUGCACACGUAUUUGGGUCAUUCAUCAAACAGAUGUGCAAACCAGAAUCAGCAAUUUGUAUACCAGGUCAACCAGGAAGAGACGGAUUGCCAGGUUUGUCUGGAAAAGAUGGUUUGCCAGGUAGAGAUGGUUUGCCAGGAAGGGAUGGUCCAAUUGGAUUGCCAGGACCACCAGAUGUUAGUGGUGCUGCUCAUAUGAUUGGGGACAUUGUGACGGGUGUGAAGCCUGCAUUGGCUGAAGGAAGGCCAAUGGAACCGAUGGCUGACGACAGAAAUGGUGCAGGAAGAUAUCAGUUUUUGUCUGAAGUGCUUCGUUGGGCGCUGUAG